UAGCAGCAGCAGCAGAAGCAGCAGCAGCAGCAGCCAAACCACAAACGAUGGCGUCCGUGUCUACCCGAGCCAAAGCUCUCGUUCCCCUCCUCCGGCGGUCGGCAACCAGCUCCCGGGCCUCCACGAGGGCGAUGAGGGGCGGCAUGUCGCCCCCCAUGCCCGCCAUUGCCCGCAUCCCGGCCCCUACCGAAAACCUCGUGGAAAACCACGAUUGCCUGUUCGACGACGCCUGCGCCCCCGAGCUGGCCCUCGACUUUGAUUCCCAGAACGUUUCGACGGGAGAGGGGCUCUUCUCGUGGUUMCUCGCCAUUGGUGCCUACGUCUCGCUCUUCAACGUCAUCAAGUACGUCGGCCAGCCGGAGGUCGAGAACCCGGCGGUGUCGCGUGCCGAGUCGGACGACAUUUGCAUCCCCGUCGAACACCACGAAUAAGAAGGAGGUGCCGCGACACGGCAUGCAUCCACCAAAGAGAAAGCGAACAAGGAACUAUCCCAGCGAGCGAGGGAGUGUGCGACGGCACAUCAAUGACUAAGACGAAGCGAAGCGAAACGCAGCAUAAUACAGUACCAAGUACUACUACGUAGUGAAUUGUAACCAGAGUCCUAGCAGAACACACGAUUACCGUGGAAUUGAAUAGUGGGAUCCGGAAUUGGAAUUGGAAGAUCUUCCAACCGAAAACCUCAAACCAAGACGUUCAAGUCAAUAGGAGUAAAAGUUAAUAAUUUCA